AUGGACUAUGGCCGGGAUGAAUCUGGCCGGCUUGGAGAUGGCCGGCAUGGCGGCAACAAAGAUGCGGAGAGGACAGAGCGACAGCUGAGCUACGCUCGUCGGUGUCCUUAUCACAAAGAUGCAGCCAGAACAGCUAUCCUGUCAAGCACAUGGAGGCGCCAUUGGAGAAGCAUCCCUCAGCUCGUGUUCCACGACGAUGGUUUCGCAACACGACGAUUCGACGGAUCGCGGAUUGCGCCGAACAAGCUAAUUCUGAACAUUUACAAGUCUCUCCUGGUUCAUGAGGGGCCAAUUGCCAAGUUUGUGCUUGCAGUUCCUGGAAUGACACCCUGCAACGAGAUUGAUCACAUCGUUCUUCAUCUCUGCAGCAGAGGCGUACAGGAACUCACCCUUGUGUUUUCCAGGGAAGCCAUUGUCAACCUUUAUUACAAGCUGCCUUCUUCCUUGUUCAGCAGUACUGCUGCUCUUCACCUCAAUCGCCUGAAACUGGGAUGUUGCUUGUUUAGUGAACCGCCAUGGUUUGUUGGGUUCAGUAAGGUUACAGAUCUUGAGUUGUGUAGAGUGAGCCUGCAGGCUGAUUUCUUUGAGAAUUUCCUUCCCAAGUGUCCUCUGCUCCAGUAUCUGGUUAUGGACAAUUGCAGUGGCAUUGAAAAGCUUGAACUGGAUGCUCCAAGGCUCAAGAUGUUCUCCUUUGCAGGGGAUUAUCAAUUGCAGGAAUUCUGCUUCAAGUCUGCUCCACUUCUGGUAGUACUCAUCCUCAAUUUGGAUGUGGUCCAAAAAGUGAACCAGCUGGUAGCUUCUUUUGCUUCUCUGCCUGCACUCCAGAACUUGUGUCUAUUAUCUGAUCCCAUCAAUUUCCUCCUCAUCUCUCGGCCUCGUGCGCUCUUCGACAGCUUCGAGAUGGAGCGCCUUCUUGUUUGUCUGAUCAUGAGCUCUCCCAACCUACAAACCCUCAUUAUACGGCGCGAGGUUAGCCCGCUGCUCGAGGACCGGCCUGCGGACAGUUUGGCGACUGGCAUAGGGAGAUUGUUAGAAGAAGAAGAACACCACAGUGGUGGUGGACCACCACCAUGUUUGCAGCAACUCAGAGAGUUUGCCAUUGAAGGCGGCCUUGGGGCGCCGCUCGAUCUGGAACUCGCGAGGUUCGUACUGGCCACAGCUCCACAAUUGGUGAAGAUUCAGAUCAGGCCUUCUCGGCUGUUGUGCUAUGAUGAUGUUACCAAGUUUAUGAAGGAGGUGAUGCGAUGUAAGCGUGUUUCUUCUGAAGUGCGAGUCGUAUAUGCCUGGGACGGCGAACAAGAUUGAAAUUUGACUUGUUCUAUCUUCGUUCUAUAUCAACUUCUUUGUUUUGAUAGAAUGCUUUUCUAGCUUAGGAGUGUCUUCUUGAUCAUCUUGGUAUUUGUCAAUGGCGUUUCUUUUGUUUCUAGUUUGGGUAUAUUUGGGCUUGAGGUGUUCAUUUGAAUUGGUUGGUGCCUUAACUCACAAGGCAAGGAAGUCAUGGCCAGCUGUUAUUGCUUCGGGCAGUGGCGGAAGUAGAAAUCAGGAGC